CUUAAGUCUUAUAUCAAAAACAUAGUCUCGUUUGUAAAUUAAGUCUAGGCUUUGAACGAUCUUAAGGUGGUAAUGUGCAUACUUAAAGUCCUACUGAUGAAUCAUUUAUUAGUCUUUGAUCUAUAGCCACAUGGAUCCUUGCAAGAGUGUGAGCGUUUGAUUUCUCAUGGCUACCGCAAAGGAAGACUUUGACGCGGUCAGAGAAUGGUUGUUGGCCGAAGUCAAACUCGAUAGGUAUGCUGAGAAACUUGAGUCAAACGGCUUUACAUCACUGGAGACCUGUUGCUCAAUAAAUGAAGAUGCCCUUGAUAAGAUGGGAAUCGUCAUGCCAUAUCAUCGAAAAAGAUUUCUUAUGUUUACGGAGAAACUCAGGGAAAAACUUGGUAUGGAUUUCACGAACGAGGAAGAUGGCAGUGUCAGCCCGAACACGGACGUAACAACAGACAGGUCUGAAACGGGAACUGAGCAGCAGGACUCGCUCAUAAAUUUUGUUAGCGAAGACGAAAGUGUAAGUGCUUGUAAUGAUCAGCUUCCGAAGGAAGACAGUUGUGAAAUUACCACAGGUGAAGGCCUUGAUACUAAAGUUCCUGACGUUCCUUUACUUCCACCGAAGAAAAAAUCCAGCUCUUUGAAAGCUCCUCCUCCUAUUCCGCCAAGAGCAGAUUUAGAAGAAAGAGAGAUACCCUCUAAAGAGACUUCAAAAGUUUCAGAUACUCCUCUACAAGAUGCUAAGCAUGUGGAAGUGGAUCAACUCCAAGUUCAAUCAAAACAACCUGAUGUUCCAGCAAAAAGGGCCCCCUUAAAACCUCCCAGGAGAGUGAUUAGGACCCCACAGGGUAGUGUACAGAAUGGUAUGCAAGAACAAGAUAUGAUUUCUUGUAAUUCUAAUGCUGAUAGUGUUGCAAAUAUUAGUUCCUCUGAUGAGAAAGAACCUCAGGUGCAAAUGAAUUCAACUUCAAGCUGUCCUGUAUUGCCUAACACAGACAAUGGGAGUGAUGAAGCAAGCUCCACUCUGCAGAGUAAUGAAGAAACAGCUGCAGCAACAACUGAGCCACGGGUAGUGCCAAAAGCACCCGAGAGGCUAUCAGCAAAAAGACCAACACCUGUACCACGAACACGAAAAAGAAGACAAUCAGAAGACAAUGUAUUAGUGUCAGAUCUAGUUACAGAUGGUGAAUCAGAAGGAGGCAGCAAGAAUGUGUGUUCGGCAGUGUUAAAUGAUGCUUCGGAAAAGAGAACACAAUCAUUAUCUCUAUCUGGAAGAGGAAGUGAUCUUGCAAAUUCCUCUGUGGGAAAACCAUCAACGCUACCAAGAUCUGCAUCAGCUAAACAAAGGCCUGCCCCUCCACCCCCUCCCACACGUCAAACAGGUUCACUGAAAGAUCUCCCUAAAAGGCAGAUAUGUGAUCUACCACUACCACCUGUUCCUGUCACAGGAAGUACGAACCAUUGGCAAAAUAAACUGAUCAGUGCUCCUCACCAAGGAGCAUCAGAGCCAGUGAAAGCUCAAUCAGAGUCAACAGAUGAAUAUUCACUGGUUCAACCAUUACCACGGAAGACAUCACAAGUGAAGUCUCAACCAGAGUCAACAGAUGAAUAUUCACUGGUUCAACCAUUACCAUGGAAGACAUCACAAGUGAAAUCUCAACCAGAGUCAACAGAUGAAUAUUCACUGGUUCAACCAUUACCACAGAAGACAUCAACAGUGAAAUCUCAACCAGAGUCAACAUAUGAAUAUUCAGAGGUUCAACUGUUACCACAGAAGACAUCACCAGUGAAAUCUCAACCAGAGUCAACAUAUGAAUAUUCAAUGGUUCAACCAUCACCACAGAAGACAUCACAAGUGGAGUCUUCACUAUAUGAAGAAGUUUGGAAAGGAGAUCCAAGAGAGUAUCAGAGAAAUAAUGAUACAGCUGAAAUUGAAUAUGAAAGUGAUGAUUCUCUGGAUCCAUGGUGUGCAGAUUUGCCAGAAAUGAAAAAGAGAGGUGACAGCACAGAGAAUGUGGACUACAGUAAGGCAAUACCAAACAGCCUAAGCCCAAGGGUUCGUAAAAGUGAAGGAUACCUUUGGAAGCAAGGAGGGCAAAAGAACAAUAAGGGAUGGAGAAAACGGUGGUUUGUUUUUGAUGGCAAGGACCUAAGAUACUACAAGGAUAAGGAUUCCCUGACUGAAUCUCUUCAUAUAAUUCCUGUAAACCAGAUAAAGGAUAUUGAAAAUGUGAAAGAUGAAAAACGUUCAACAUUCAAAGUGAUAACUCCAAACAGGACUUUCAUUUUUGCAUCAGAAAACAUCACGGAAAUGAAUCUCUGGUCUCAAACUCUUAUGGAGGCAAUCAUUGGCUGCAAGGGAGAUGGCAAGAAUUGGAAGAGUGGUGGAGAGAUGAGUGACCCAGACAAGGAGGGAUGGCUGAAGAAACAGGGACACAAUGUUGUGGCAGACUGGAAGAAAAGAUAUGUAGCUAUCAAGGGGGACAAGAUCUGUUACUAUGACACUUAUGAGGACUUUAUUUAUGCAACACCAAUAAAUUGCAUCAACGCUGCUUUGGCCAAAGUGAAAACUGUUGACGGACAUAAGAACAGAUUUGUAAUAAUUACGUUCCACAAGUCUUAUAGUUUCCAAGGAGAUAGUGAAUUUGAUGCUUCCUCGUGGAUUGUUGCCAUAGAAACAGCCAUUCAGAUCGGACUUGGUGAUACAACGAUUCGUGAAAAAGUUUGGGAGAAUCCCAGUAACCGAUUUUGUGCAGACUGUGGAAUGAAAGAUCCAGUGUGGGCAUCAGUCAACUUCUGUGUUUGUGUUUGUGCAAAAUGUAUUGGUGUUCAUCGGAACCUGGGGGUUCACUGUUCUCGUGCACGUUCUCUUCUCAUGGACGAGAAGAUCUGGAACCCAGCUCUUAUAGAGCUGAUGAUAAAAAUUGGAAAUGACAACGCCAAUCAACUUCUUGAACACAAGUUACCCGAAGACGACAAAAUAACACCAGAUGCCAAUGUUGCGGCGAGACGAGAGUUCAUCUAUUCCAAAUACUGGGAAAAGAAAUACGCCAAAUACCAUCAAGCUUUUGGAGAUCCUGAGGCGCUAGGAAAGGUCUUGCGGAAUACUGUGGUCACAAAGGACAUUUUAUCCACCAUGGAACUAAUUUUAAACAAAGUGGAUGUUCGUUACGUUGCCUCAGAUGCUGAGGACGAAAAAACGCCGCUCGAACUGGCGGAAGAAGCUGGACAAACUCUUCAAGCAGAACUGCUCCGACAGAAUGGUGGAGAAGGAAAACCUGAUCAGAACCUAGGUGAUGACCAAACAGCGACGCUUAACACUGAGGCUUCUCAGAGUGCUCCCAUCGAAAUAGUUUAUGAAAAAGAGGGAUUCUUGCAAAAGAAAGAAGGAAGCUGGAGAAAAAGGUGGUUUUUGUUGAAAGACAGGCAUUUAAAGUAUGCCAGAGGGCCACAUGACAAGGACGAUCUUGUUACGAUUGACCUUAGAACAGUGACGUCACUAGUGAGAUGUCCCAAGGGAGAGCAGUUACAACUGGAUAUUGUUACGGUUGACAAAACGCAUAGUUUGAAGGCUGAUAGUGAAGAGGAAUUGGAGGGCUGGUACUCAGCUCUGAGAAGCAAACAGGUUUUUGGUGUUCUGCUUUGUCAGCAAGGGCUUGGUUCUGAUGGAAUCCCACACUUAGUGGCAAAGUGUUUGCAGUUUGUCGAAACUUAUGGUGGCCUCGAGAUGGAAGGAGUUUAUCGUGUUAAUGGUGGGCAGUUGACAAUGAAAAAACUGAGAACUUCCUUUGAUCAAGACGCUGGUAGCGUGUUGCUAACUUUGGAUGAAUGCGGGGUCCAUGACGUCACUGGAGUACUGAAGCAAUACUUGCGACAACUUCCCGACCCAGUCAUCCCUGGCACCAUGUACAAGCAUUUCAUUGCAGCUGGCUCGAUUCAAGACCAUAAUACAAGACUACAGACAAUUAAAUCUUUAAUCAACCAGCUUCCUAAAGUGAACCAUGGAACUCUUAAGGCGAUCAUCUCUCAUCUGACUAAAGUGACCGAGCUAGUUAGUGUCAACAAAAUGGGAGUGCCCAAUAUUGCCAUGAUCUUCGGUCCUACUUUGAUGUCCAAUGAAAGCACUGGGCGAAUGGACGAUUCCUCAAUUAAUCAGGAAUUCUCCAUUGUUGGAGACAUGAUCACGUAUUAUAAGUGGCUCUUCGACGUGAGUGAGGAAGAAGAAGAGAAAGCCCAGGUAAUCGAAGAAGCCACUCAGAAGAUACGAGAAUUGAUAGAAUUGAAGGACAAACAAAACAAUUCCGGAGGAGAAUUCACUUUGGAUAUUUACGUAAAAGAGAAGAAUGACAAUCCACAUUUAAUGAAGGUUUCGUCUGAGAUGACAGCAGGAAGACUUCGUGCAGAGAUCGUUUCUCAAAAGGCACUAUCGCCCGAUAUCGACUGGGUGCUGUUUGAGGUUAUCGAUAAUGGUGCCAUGGAGCGAGCGUUUCAAGUCAGAGAGAAGGUCAUGACCGCGGCAAACUGGGGGAGUGGGAACUACUUGAUCGUCAAAGAGAAUUACAUCGCAGAACAGAUCGCUCCAUAUGUCGGUACCCUCUCGAUCGAAGGCUCCCUCUACAUCCGGGAUCCUAAAAAGAAUUGGAAACAGAGUCUCGUGUGUCUGAAGAAUGGCUACAUGUCGGUCAACAAGGAACGUGGGUCAAUUUUACGAGCCAUCAAGUCGGACAAAUCAGACUCAGAACAAUGGCCACUGCAUAAACUAACUUUGUAUGUGGGUAUUCCAGCCGAGAAAGCCACAAAAACAGUGGACACAAGUUGCGGGUUCACUGUUGUGGUUAAAACAGAUCAGGAAGACAUUGUCAGGUAUAUGUGUGCCAAAGACAAGGAUGAUAGGAACCGUUGGUUGGCUGCAACACUGAACAUGAAGCAUCCUGAAGGCAUUUGGUCAGAUCCCACACAGGACUCAGAGGUGUUAUACUCCUUGGUGGGUCCAAAGGGCGCACAGGGAGACGAUUCGCCUUUAUUCCUUGGAAGACAGUCAGUACAUCUUCGACGGCAAGGCUCCACGAAGCACAUCGUGGACGAGCUCAGAGUUCGGCAAAAGUCCUUAAGACGUCCCAAAGAUAGAGGCCCUAAGACAUGAGCCGUAGGAUCCAUUAACUUUUUUGUGUGUGAAGCCUAGAAAGAAAAUAAAAUGCACAAUUUUUAUUUCAAUGGAAAUUAAAAAUCGAAUGUGCACAUGUGGAAGUAGAGAGGAAAAAAUUGGUCAUUAGAAUUUAAGCUAGUGACAAUAAUUUGUAAGGAUAAUAAACGGUAACACAUUCGUGAUCAGAAAAUGAAAAUAAUUGAAAGUAAAUAUCAAAGUUUAUUAGAAAUGGGUUCUACCUGUUCAUACAUUAGUUAGGAUGCAUCAGAAAAAACGAGUUUGACAAACUCGUAAGAGGUUAAAAUUAGAAUUGAAAUUUUGUACGCGUUGCAUUCCUAGAUUGUUUCGAAGGAAAUUGGGGAACAAGCAAUAUGCUUGUCAUAGGGGAGCGUGAAACUCGAGGAGAACGCGGAAUGGAGCGUUAAUCAAGCGAAACCAAGCAAACCCGUGUCAGUAGUUAGGAUCCACGCAAGCUUCGCGUGGUCACGUGCAACUUAAGCCUUGCAAGUUUUAAAGUGAUCCACGCCAAAGUCGCGUCAAACGCGUUCCACGCAGAUCUUGACUGUUCGUGCUUGUAUCUGAUAAAGAAUUUCGUUUUUUCAUUCAUUUUUUUUUCACGUAAACGUUAUAACCCGGGUAAGUUUGAAAACAUUUGAAACUUUCAUUCCCUAGUAAACCAACUUUCUGAUAUAGACGUUUGUAACAGUAAUUUUCACUCGUGGUAAACAUUGUUCAAAAUUUCGUACUCUUCAUCCUAUUUGUAGACUUGCCAAAUUUAACAGAAGUAGCACUUACAGUCAUGAUCAUGAGAGCAGGGUUUGCUGUUAGGCCUCUUAGUCAUGUCAUCAUUUUACUUUGUAUUGCGAUAAAGAAUGUAUUUUUGUAUCGUUUUGAAAAUGUUGCCAUUACGCUUUGAUUACAAUUAACAAUGUUUUCUACGUGUAAACCAACUUUCUAGAUUGUUCUUUUUUUCUCAUAAAGGACAACUAAUUUUUUACAUAAUUGAAUUUUGAAGUGGUCAAUAAGGAGUUAGUGAUUUGGUAACUAUAGUCAAUGCAAACUGACGUCAAAUCAUGAAUCUGGUCCUUAGUGUCAUGUUAAAGCUUUAGGAUUUGUAUGGGAUAUGACCAACAGUAAAACAGCCAUGAAAAAUUGCGCAAAGAGAAGGCAUCCCAAAGUCUCUAUGGUUAGUUCAAUAUAAUUAUCUAGGAUUGGUUAACACUAGUCAUGAUGGCAUACAGAUUUACAGAGCUUUAAAUUGAUAAUGAGUUAUUCAUAAGUAUUUGUUUUUUUUUAAGACAGAAAUAUAGAUAUAUGUCAGCCAUUAUUAUUUUUUUGGUUAUUUUUGUACAAAAAAAAUGUAAGGAUUUUUAUCUUUGGUAUAACUCAGCUUCAGUGUAUAUUCCUUUGAAUAUCAAUAAAAUGAGAGUCAAUAUUGUCUUAA